GUCAUCAUGUUCGUUGGCAGAAGAGACGAAGUGAAAACGAUACUCUCCACCCGGUGUCAGGUCUUUUCGUCCUAAAUCCCGUUCGGCAAGGGUCGUCUCCCACUAAAUUGUUUCGCCCUUAAAUACUUUUAAGAUCCACACUACAGUCCAUAUAAAACACCUACAGAUUGAUAUUUGACACAAUGUCUACCCUACAAUGGAAGAGGUCUCACAUUGUGGCUGUGGCCGUUUCUGCCCUGUUACUGGUUGUUAUUCUGUACAGUAGUUCCAGUCAAUCUACGCUCCAGCCACAAGACAUCCGUAAGACCAUGAAGCAGCAGAACAGUUACUACUCCCACUGGCCAAGGCUACACUUACCGGGCAGUCCCAUUGAACAGGCCAACAUUAUGAAAGAUUGUCUUCAAACACCACCAUCACAGUUUAUGAGGCUAGAUAACAUUCAGAAGAUCAAACAACAGUGGUCACAGUCAACAACAUCUCACUGCAGAGAUUUAUACACCGCGUUCACAUCCAUCUUCACCAUCACCGACUUUCCUGCCAAGGUGGUCAUACCUAAAAAAUAUGAGUCUAAGGUUCGUAAGUGGCUUGGAAACGACGAGGACCUCUUCCAAAAUGCCAAGCUGCAGACUGUACUCUAUAUUUACAAUGAAUACACAAAGGAAGAAAAUGUCUUCAACCCACUCCGAGAGAAAAGACCAAUAGCUAAACCAGAGCAGCCCGAGAGACAAUAUGUUGAAGAACUCUUCAAGGAGACUCAGCCUACCUGUGAUUUCUGCAAAUACAAAGAAAAUACUGCCGAGGAUGUGUUUGGACGUAUUGAGUCCAAGAUGUCUUUCACUGCAGCCAACACGUUCAAGCUUGGGGCCUGGCAUACCCUGAUUCUGCCCAAAAAACACCACCCUCUGAAUUGGACUAAAAAGGAGUACCUGGAUCUGAUGGAUACCUGCAUGAAGUGGGUAGACAAGGCUCACCAGGAGAACAAAGCCUUCGUGAACCCCAUGCUGAUUAUGGAUCUCCUGCCACAUGCAGGAGCUAGUCAGAUCCAUCCUCACGUUCAUGCUUUCCUCGACCGUGACCGUUACCAAGGAGCGAUUGAGAACUGGCGUAUCGGUGCCCAGCGCUAUAGUGAGGACUUCCCUGGCAGGAACUACUUCUCGGACCUAGUAUCAGUCCACUCGGCCCUGGGGCUAGGGGUUACCUACGGAAAGGCUGUCGCUAUUGCAAGCCUGCUUCCCAAGAGAGACAAUGAGGUGGUGGUUAUCAGUGAAGAGCCCUGUGACGACUAUUUUAAGCUUAUCUACUUUGUAUACCGAGCCUUUCUAGAUGACAUGGAGAAGUUGUGCUAUAGUUCAGGAUAUGCACUUCCAAGUCUGGACAAGUCUGGUCCAGGUCGUUUACCUGCGUACACCCGGAUAGUGACGCGCGGGGCGGUGGCAACCGUACGCUCCGAGACCAGCUCCCUGGAACUCUUCACUUCACAAAAUGCCAAUACAGAUCCAUUCAGGGUGAUGGACUAUGUGAGGAAAUCCAUUGCCAAGCGAUCGUGAUGUUGGCUACAGUUUAUACAUUCUGCAAAGCAAUUCUUUUACAAGUGAUCAUGAGAUUUUGUUUCCCAUAAUUUAAAAGGGUAUCUCAGCUCUUUACUCUUUCCGUAUGACAAGUGUAUGAAUUGUAUCAAAGAUUAGAUUUUCGUAUUUGGCUGACGAAGGCAAUUAAGUUAGCUGUAUUGAAUUCUGAAGCUGUCAAGCAAGGAAAGACUGAAUCAGACUUUAAUGACUUUUAGUUUUUUACCUCAUGGUUAAGUGUCAUGUUGUAAGAUUAUUAUAACGUUUCUUUUACGUCGGUGUUAAAUGGCAUGUUUUAGGACUGAUAUUCAGUUAACUUUUUACCUCUGACUUAACUGCCUGUAGGACUUACAUGACGUUACAUUUUGACAUCCAAGUUAACUGUCGUGUUGUAAGACUUACAUGGCAUUUAGUUUUUACUUCCCAGGUUACUGUCAUGUUGUAAG